AUGUACAUCUACGAGUGGCUGCUUGAAACUGUCCUCUCAGACCGUAAGGACUGGAGGACUGUGAUCAGCAGAUGUGCUAGGAGGAUCACAGGCUGCCGCCCUGGGGGACGCCCUGGGAGGUGGGGAGAGCCAGGGACGCCUGUCUCCUACUGUCGGUCAGAGGACCGAGUUCUGUUGUUGAAGCGAAAGCUUCCCCCUCCGCGGCCGUCCGACUCUUUUGCCUGCUUGUGGAAGACGCGGACGGGUCGCGUGUGUCUGGAUCUGUUGGUUUCUGUUUCAUGUGUCUUUGUCUUGUGCGUCCUUGUCUACAGUUUUAAUAUGGGACAGACAGUGACGACCCCCCUUAGUUUGACUCUCAACCAUUGGACUGAAGUUAGAUCCAGGGAUCAUAAUUUGUCAGUUCAGGUUAAGAAGGGACCUUGGCAGACUUUCUGUGCCUCUGAAUGGCCAACAUUCGAUGUUGGAUGGCCAUCAGAGGGGACCUUUAAUUCUGAAAUUAUCCUGGCUGUUAAAGCAAUAAUUUUUCAGACUGGACCCGGCUCUCAUCCUGAUCAGGAGCCCUAUAUCCUUACGUGGCAAGAUUUGGCAGAAGAUCCUCCGCCAUGGGUUAAACCAUGGCUAAAUAAACCAAGAAAGCCAGGUCCCCGAAUCCUGGCUCUUAGAGAGAAAAACAAACACUCGGCCGAAAAAGUCGAGCCCUCUCCUCGUAUCUACCCCGAGAUCGAGGAGCCGCCGACUUGGCCGGAACCCCAACCUGUUCCCCCACCCCCUUAUCCAGCACAGGGUGCUGCGAGGGGACCCUCUGCCCCUCCUGGAGCUCCGGUGGUGGAGAGACCUGCUGCCGGGACUCGGAGCGGGAGAGGCGCCACCCCGGAGCGGACAGACGAGAUCGCGAUAUUACCACUGCGCACCUAUGGCCCUCCCAUGCCGGGGGGCCAAUUGCAGCCCCUCCAGUAUUGGCCCUUUUCUUCUGCAGAUCUCUAUAAUUGGAAAACUAACCAUCCCCCUUUCUCGGAGGAUCCCCAACGCCUCACGGGGUUGCUGCUGCAGACACUCUUCACAACCGAGGAGUGA